ACGUUUAUACGAUCACCAACAUAUUUCUAUUACAAAGCAAAAGUGACAACCAUUCCAAGUGUUUCAAUACCUACGUUUUAGCUAGAGUAUCAAAGCAUAGUGGUUUAUCGUUCGUAUUUUGUUUUAAGGACACAAAAGCAAGAUGACCAUUGAUCCAACCAAGUCAAUUCCUGCGUUUUACGCUGGACAAAGUAUAUUUGUAACAGGUGCGACAGGAUUUCUGGGUAAAGUGUUUCUCGAAAAGGUAUUGCGAUCUUGUCCUGAUGUUCGUGAAAUCUUUAUGUUGAUGCGGCCGAAAAGAGGAUUAACUAUUAAUGAAAGACUCGAAAAAAUAUUAAAUUUGCCGCUAUUUGAAAAAUUGCGCGAAGAGCGACCUUCGAAUUUCGAGAAAUUAAUUCCGAUUUCUGGCAGUGCCAGUGAGAAGGAAUUAGGUUUGUCGGCUGCGGACAAGCAAAUGCUGGUUGAAAGAGUGACUAUAAUAAUACAUAUAGCGGGGGAAGUAAAAUUUAAUAGCAGUUUAAAACAAGCCAUAUUUAUCAAUACCAGAGCAACAAGAGACAUUUGUAUUUUAGCACAAAGAAUGAAAAAUUUAACGGCAUUAGUGCAUAUUAGUACAGCAUUCGCACACUUGAAUGAACUAUUCGUAGAAGAAAAAGUGUACCCACCAAUAGCUGAUUGGCGGAAGAUGAUUGAAAUGACCGAAUUAUUGGAUGAACAUACUUUAAACAUUUUUACGGCUAAGUGUUUAGGAUAUGUACCCAACACAUACAUUUUUGCAAAAAAUCUAGCGGAAAGUAUAAUACAAGAUUACUCUUCGUCCUUACCUUGUGCGAUUGUAAGACCUUCUAUCGUGUUGCCAUCGGUAGAAGAACCUGUACCAGGAUGGAUAGAUAACGUUUACGGUCCAAUAGGACUUUUUGUUGGUGGUGGGAAAGGAAUAAUACGAGUAGCCUAUUUAAAUAAAGCUGUUAAACAAAUUGCUGUAGCAGUUGAUAUUGUCAUCAAAGCUGUAAUAGUCGUAUCUUGGAAGCUAGGAUUAACCACCUUAACAGAAGGUUCCCCAACUUUUGUAUUAAAUUGCAUAAAUUCUAAACAUGUAACAUAUGAAAAUGCUAUAAAGACGUCAUUCAGCACUACAAAAGAGGUGCCUUUGGAAGGAAUUGUUUGGACUCUCCAUACAAUAUUGACCGAUAACUAUAUUCUGUUCUACUUAUUAACGAUAUUAUUGCAUAUUUUGCCAGCUAUAUUAAUAGAUUUGAUUUUGAAACUUUCUGGACGUCGACCUAUGUUAGUACGAUUGCAGAGAAGACUGUAUGUGGCCAAUUGUGCUUUAAGUUAUUUUUCGUUCCAUGAAUGGAAAUACAGCAAUUCAAAUUCAUUGGCUUUGAUAUCCUCAAUACCACCUGACAACCGUGAUAUUUUUUCUUUCGACUAUUCCUAUGAUAAUAUUAGAGAGUAUGCCAAAAAUUGUAUCAUUGGUGCAAAAAAAUUUCUUCUUCGCGAAGAUAUGAAUCGAUUAGAUGCAGCUAGGAUACAUCUGAAAAGAGUGUACCUGUUUGUCAAAGUAUUGAAAACUAUUAUCUACAUCGGAAUACUGUGGAUAAUAUACAAUUGGAUCUAUUUUGAUACAUAAGGAAAUUGUUAGUUCUUUGUCAUGCUUGUCAAACUAUAAUUAUGAUCAAACACAUAUAAUGCACAGAAAAAGCAAUUUUUUAAUUAAUAGAUAUUUCUUUUUGUAGACUUAUUCUAUUUUUAAUAUAAUCUCAUAGAUUUAAAGAUCACAUUUUCAGAUGAAUGUUAUCUACUUUAACGCACGCUUAACAUAAAAAAAUUUAACUCCAUUAAAUCAUAUGAAUUUUCAAUUGUUCUACAUUCAGUUCAACAUUUCCUUGAUUAAAAAUUAAGUACUCUAUAUACACUCUUUAAUCGUGUAUCGCCAAAAAUUGAAGGUACAAGGUUGAAAUAUAAAUCCUAUGUAAUUACGAGGGACAUAAGUACAUAUAUCCUUUAAAUAUGUACCGCGAAAAAUUGGAGGUACACAAAAUCUUUAAUCAAUUGUCUUGUCAUUUGAUCAAAGACUUGCCAAACACUGGCGGUACAUUUUUACCACUGAAUACCUCCGUAUUUAUAAAUACGAGGUACGUACAUACGCAAAAUUUUGUACCUUGUAUUAUAUAUACGAGGUAUGAACUCGGAGCCUCCAAAAACAAGUAUCGCGAAUUCAAAUGCAGUACCUCCAGAAUGCAGAAGCAGCAGAAAAGCAGUAUCUACCUCUAAUUGUAUCGUCAAACUUAUUAUUACUUCGUAUAUUCCGUAUCUCGUGCUAAUGUACCGCGCAAAAUACCUCCUUUUAAUGUGUAACUCGAAAUGUCAUUUUCAUGUUCAAAAAAUACCUGGAAUUUGAAGGUUCUAGGCGAUACAUGAUUAAGAGUGCAUCCAAACAUUAAUGUCAUCUUUCGAUUAUGUUUAUGUAUUGUAAGCACUAAUUGUAAAGCGGAACGUAUUUCACCAUGAAGAGAAUAAAUUAUCUAUUUUCAUGGCAUUUUUGCGACUAGAAAGAUUAAA